CUGAACCAGAAGAAUAUGACACUGAGCAAUCGGUGCCAGGUGUUUGAUCGUUUCCAGGACACCAUUUCACAGCAUGUCGUCAAAGUGGACUUCCUGAACCGAAUCCAUAAGAAGCACCCUCCUAACCGCCGUGUGCUCCAGUCAGUCAAAAGAAGAAGCUUGAAGGUUCCUGAUGCUAUAAAAUCUCAGUACCAGUUUCCGCCCCCUCUAAUUGCACCUGCGGCCAUUCGGGAUGGGGAGCUGAUCUGCAACGGGAUCCCUGAGGAAUCACAGGCGCACCUUUUGAACUCUGAGCACUUAGCCACCCAGGCAGAGCAACAAGAGUGGCUCUGUAGUGUUGUUGCGCUCCAGUGCAGCAUAUUGAAACAUUUAUCUGCUAAGCAGAUGCCUUCGCAUUGGGACUCUGAACAGACAGAGAAGGCUGAUAUUAAGCCUGUUAUUGUGACUGACAGCUCAAUCACCACCUCCCUGCAAACUGCUGACAAGGCACCUACACCUUCCCACUACCCCUUGUCCUGCCCCUCAGGGAUUAGCACCCAGAAUUCCCUGAGCUGCUCUCCACCUCACCAGCCCCCAGCCAUAGAGGACAUCAGCUGCAGUUCUUGUGCAGAAAAAUCCAAGAGAGCUCCUUGUGGGACUGCCAAUGGGCCAGUGAACACAGAGGUGAAAGCCAAUGGCCCACACCUAUACAGCAGCCCCACUGAUUCCACGGACCCCCGGCGACUUCCAGGCGCCAAUACCCCCCUACCAGGCCUUUCACACCGGCAAGGCUGGCCCCGGCCCCUCACGCCACCAGCCGCUGGGGGCCUUCAGAACCACACCGUUGGCAUCAUUGUGAAGACGGAGAAUGCCACUGGUCCCAGCUCUUGCCCCCAAAGGAGUUUGGUUCCUGUCCCAAGCCUGACCCCUUCCAUUCCCAGCUCUUGUGCCAGCAUUGAGAACACCAGCACUUUGCAAAGAAAGACUGUCCAAUCACAGAUAGGACCUCCGUUGACAGAUUCAAGGCCUCUGGGUUCACCCCCAAAUGCCACCCGGGUGCUCACUCCCCCCCAAGCAGCAGGAGAUAGUAUCUUGGCCACAGGAGCCAACCAACGAUUCUGCUCACCAGCGCCAUCAUCAGAUGGCAAGGUCAGCCCCGGCACGUUAUCCAUAGGAAGCGCUUUAACCGUACCCUCUUUCCCAGCCAACUCUACUGCCAUGGUGGACCUCACCAACUCACUUCGAGCAUUUAUGGAUGUCAAUGGAGAAAUCGAGAUAAAUAUGCUGGACGAGAAGCUGAUCAAGUUUCUGGCCUUGCAGAGAAUACAUCAGCUUUUCCCCUCCCGGGUCCAAACUUCACUGGGCAGUGUUGGGACACAUCCACCGGCUUCCGGAGGGCACCACACAGAAGUGCAAAGGAAGGAGGUACAGGCCCGAGCUGUGUUCUACCCCCUCUUAGGGUUGGGAGGAGCUGUGAACAUGUGCUAUCGAACCCUCUACAUCGGGACAGGAGCUGACAUGGAUGUGUGCCUUACAAACUAUGGUCACUGUAACUACGUGUCGGGGAAACAUGCCUGCAUAUUCUAUGAUGAGAAUACCAAACAUUAUGAGCUGUUAAACUACAGUGAGCAUGGAACAACGGUGGACAAUGUGCUGUAUUCAUGUGACUUCUCUGAGAAGACCCCGCCAACACCCCCAAGCAGUAUUGUUGCCAAAGUGCAGAGUGUCAUCAGGCGUCGCCGGCACCAGAAACAAGAUGAAGAGCCAAGUGAGGAGGCAGCCAUGAUGAGUUCCCAGGCCCAGGGGUCCCAGCGGAGACCCUGCAAUUGCAAAGCCAGCAGCUCAAGCUUGAUUGGGGGCAGUGGGGCCGGCUGGGAGGGUACGGCCUUACUACACCAUGGCAGCUACAUCAAGCUGGGCUGCCUGCAGUUUGUCUUCAGCAUCACUGAGUUUGCGACCAAACAGCCCAAAGGCGAUGCCAGUCUGCUGCAGGAUGGGGUACUGGCUGAGAAGCUGUCUCUCAAGCCCCACCAGGGCCCUGUGCUGCGUUCCAACUCCGUUCCCUAGGGCUGGUGGCUACCCUGCUGCCUACCUAGACACUCUCCCCAAGACUCCUGCAAUGCAAAAAUGUACACAAACCAAGCCUGGGUGUUUUCUAUACCAGAAACCCUUCAACUACAAUCUUUGCAUGAAAUGAAGAAAACCUUUUGACUUUUUUAAAAUUCCUUUUUCUUUUCUCAAGUUUUAGGGGGCAUUUGCACAUAUAUUUGUACUCAACAUUUCAUGGGAAAGCGGCAGACCCGAGCUGAGGAACAGCGUGGGCAGGGAGGGAAGACUGUGGUCUGGACACUUCCUCCAACACAAGCCCUUCCCCCCACCUCCUGCUCCCUCCCCUUCUCUCACCCUCCAAUGUAAAAUAAUCAGAAACUUGUUCUAUUUUGUGGCAGUGACAAUAGUUUUAUAUUAAAAGAAAAAAAUACAGUUUUCAUACAGCAAAAUCUAUACAAUAUCAUUGUUUUAUUUAAUAUAAAAAUCGCUACCCACCCUCCUUCCAUAUUUCCCAUCUUCCAAGUUAUUUUACCUUUCUGCAGCAGUUGCACUACAGGUAGCUACUGUGUAUUAUGGACAAAUGAAAAAUGAAUUCUUUUUUCCGGCUGUCCAUCUAUUUUAUUUCAAAUAAGGAAGUGUAUUUGGAUUUUGUGUAAAUACAUCUAGUGACAUUUUUUCAAUGUUUUUUAAAACUGUGUACAGUACUACAUGUGGUAGAGCGUUUUCUCAAGUUGUCUAUUGUAGCAAAAGCGUUUUUGUCGUAAACCUGUUCUGUCUCCUUUUUUUGUUCUCUUGCCACUUCUCUUCCUCCCAAUCCUGGCUCCCUCCUCUCCUUCCACCCCCACAACUAGUACCAAUGUACAUAGUAAAUGUAAUGUUUUAGACUUUACAGAAACUUUCCUGUAUUCUGUAUAUAAAAAAGAAAAAUACUUCAAA